AUCAAAUCGUUUCAACAUGCCAAAAGCUGUUUCCUUUGCGUUUCUUUUAUUCUAUGGCUUUAUCGUUCUCGUUCAGACGAAAACGAUAAAGGAGUGUGAAAAGGAGAUGCCAUUGUCACUGAGGAGCAAGUUGUGUGAAAUGCGUCAGUUUAAGAACGUCGAUGGACCGGAAAUGGAUAAGCAUAUGGACUGCGUGUUGAAGUCGAUCGGUUUCGUGAAUGCGGAGGGUCAAGGAUUCUACCACAACCUCAUUAAGCCGAUGAAUGCAAUCGAGAGGGAUCGGAAGCAUGAUUUUAACCUCGAAACAUGCAUGGGCAAAACGCAACGAAAACCUUUCAUGGAGCGAGCACAUGCCUUCUACAGGUGUAUGUUGGAUUCCACUUCUUCCGACACGUUCAAGAAAGUGUUCGACUUGACAGAGCUGAUCAACGCAGGCAAACUGAGCGCAGGAACCCAAUAUGGUCCAAGGGUUGCUAAAAUGGCUAAAAGAUUGAAUAAGAAUCGGUGCAAAUAAAGUCUCUACUUGCGUUCAUA